AUGGGCCAAGUAGCACUAGUUCCCGUCAAUAUCGCUACAGUAUGCAUCGAAAGCUUCUUCUAUGGCAUAUUUUUUGUCCUCUCCACGGUCUCUUUGUACUUGCUCGUCAAGCGUUAUUGGGAGCUCGGCGGGCGGCUUAGUAGUAGUCAGCCAUGGACACCGACCAUGACCUUCAUCGUUGCCAAUGUUGCAAUAUUCCUAUCUACUACAAUUCAUUGGAUUCUCGUUGUGAUACGCAUAUUCAUGGCAUUCGUUACCUAUCCACAGGGUCCUCUGCUCUUCUAUGCAGAUAUCGCCCAGCUAUCGGAAGUGGUCCUGAGCGGCGCGCUCAUAUUCACAUUACUAGCGACCGAUGCGAUGAUGAUAUACCGCAUGUGGAUCAUAUGGGGCUACAGCAAGCAUGUCGUCAUAAUCCCUCUGUGCACCUUCAUGGGCUUGUUGGUGUGCGGGAUCGCCGUUUUAUAUCAAGAGACUCGAUUCCAUAUGGGCCAGAAUAUAUUUAUCACAGACCUGGAUCGUUGGCUGACUAGCGAUGCGGUGUUUACUCUCUGCACGAACCUGUACUGCACCACCAUGAUUGCCUGGCGCAUCUGGCGCAUCAGGCGCAUCAGUACUCAAAUCGAAGGACACAGGAAUAAUAAUCUCAUGUCUGUGCUCGCCAUCAUCGUUGAAAGUUCUGCGAUAUACACGGUCUGGGCGAUCUUCUUCCUGGUCACCUACGAGGCCGGCUCGAACCUGCAAUUUCUGCCCAACGAGACGAUCUGCAUCGUCUCCGGAAUUUCAUUCAUGCUCAUCAACGUUCGCGUGGGGAUGGGCUGGGAGCAGAAGGCGCCACAGGCCAUCUCUACGUUCGCAGCUGCACCAUUCACAUCCAAGAUUCUCAAUCCAUCAGUUACUGUGCAGCCUACGACGGUAUAUAUCUCCCAGGCAAUUGAGUGCGACGACGACGGUAGCAGGACGACCACGCAGCGUUCUUCCAAGCCCCUCGAAGUCUGA